UCGUCUUUUCCUUUCUAGUUUACUCCUUUCAUUUCCUUUCAACUUCGAAACCAUCACGCCGUAAAAGUGCACGAUAUGGGCCAACAAAACGCCUACCGCUAAAACCCCCAACUCUCUCUCUCUCUCUCCCCUUCCGUAUGGUAUUUGGCUUCUGCUUCUUCUUCUUCACUUCAAGAAAAAAACCCUAUAUCUGCAUCCGCAGAGUGUGAUUCUGCGAGUCUACAGUUCUAACAGGUUUCUACAACCACAUAGAUUGUUCCAUUUCUGUUGCCCAUCUUGUUUUCACGUGAUUUUAUCAGCACCUGCCCAGAAACACAGAAAAACGGCUGAUCAUAGUGUAUGUAGGUUUACGAAUUCUCUGGAAGACAGCAUUGAUACCUGGAUUUCGAAGUUUGUUUAAAUUACACAGGCGAGCAAUUAGAUGGAGGACUGGGAGGAUGAGCCAGCUCCAGUUCUUCUCAAAAAGGAGCAGCUAAAGAGUCAAUGGGAAGAUGAGGAUGUGGAUGAAAAUGACGUGAAGGAAUCUUGGGAAGAUGACGAUGAUUCUGCACCGGCACCUGCAGCUGAACCUCCUGCUCAAAAGGCCCCCAAGAAGUCUGAUGCAAAAGUUAGUGAAAAGAAGGGGAAAGCAGUUGAAAUAGCAAAGGAGGUGGCCCUAGAUCCUGUAGCGGAAAAACUUCGUCAACAAAGGCUUGUGGAAGAAGCAGAUUAUAGGGCCACUGCUGAACUAUUUGCUAAGACGGGUGAUGAGAAGUCCCUUGACAAUUUCAUCCCUAAGUCCGAAAGCGACUUUCUAGAAUACGCGGAGCUCAUUUCUCAUAAGCUUCGUCCUUAUGAGAAAAGUUUUCAUUAUAUUGGAUUACUCAAGGAUGUGAUGCGGCUGUCAAUGACUACUCUAAAAGCGGCAGAUGCAAAGGAGGUUGCCUCUUCUGUCACUGCUAUUGCAAAUGAAAAGCUAAAAGCAGAGAAGGAAGCCAAUGCUGGCAAAAAGAAGACAGGUGCAAAGAAGAAACAGCUAAUUGUUGAUAAGCCUGACGAUGAUGCAGUUGCUGCUGGCUAUGAUGGUUAUGAUGACUAUGAUUUUAUGUGAGCUUUUUGGUGAACGAGUUACCCUCGUCUCUGGAUUUCUUUUGAAAGCAUUAGGAUCUCGGUUUACAACAUUGACAUUGAGACAAGGAUCCGACAGCCUUUUCUGCCCGGAAUUAUGGAGUUCUGUGUCAAUAUUGCAUUUUGUUGGAUAGAAGGAUCUUUUAUGGUCAAUUGCAGGUUGCAUAUUUUUUGCUUGCUUGUAUGUUCAUCGGUGCUGUCAGGCAUUGGGUCAUUCAAUAGAAGCUAUGAGUUAUUCAAGUAUAGAAAUCACAGUACUACAUUUUCCUUGUCCUCAUUUGCAAAUAUUGGAACUAUAUAUAGAGACAUGAGGCUUCCAUUUGCUUUAUGAAAGUGUUUAAUGGUGAUUGUGGAUUA